AUGAUACUAUAUAAUCAAAUAUCUCAUCGACAACGGCUACGGUUGACUCAAAAAAUAACAGAACGAAUACGAUGGAGUUAUCAACUUAAAAGAAAUCCAUAUUUAAAUCAAAAUUGCAAAACUCGACUAUCUUCAGCUUCAACUGCGUCAUAUUUUAAUUGGUUGAUUAAACCAUUGCAAAAAUUAAUCACUAAGGAAAAUUUGGAAGAAAAUACUAGCAGUAAACACGUCUUUAAACGUGAAGAAUUCCCACAUUUAAGAAUACUACUAGAUAAUAAAUGUUACGAUCAAAUACUUGAAAAUUGUGAAAAACUAUCAAAUGAGGAAAUUAUAUAUAUUCUAGAUCUGGAAGUUCAGUAUAUGGAAAAAAACUGUGGACUAAUUGCAAAUUUACCCUUAUCUUUACACGAUGAAACAGUCAUUUUUGAUGCUCAGAAACUUCUACGUACUAAUGAAUCUAUACAAUUCAUUCAAAUACUUGUAAAUAAACUACCAACAAACACAAACUCAUAUAAAGUAUGGAUUUAUUAUCAUACAAAUAAUCUUGAAAAAAUCAUUGAAUCGUUCUUCGCCAUACCAAAUCCAAAUGAAAAUACAACCACAUGCUUUCUAAACUUAUUCAUUGUCAACUACGAGAUUGAAGUUUUUAAAUCAUUUUAUCAAAAAAUAAUUGUAUCAACUAAGCACAAAUUAUCAUCAAAUUUAUUUCAUACCAUAAUAAAUCAAUUGAUACUACAUGAAAGUCUUUUUGAGAAUUUAUUUUAUGUCUAUCAAUUAUGGAUCAAUUCACCAAAAUGCGAAUCACCAAAACCUGAACUGAUAGCUUUAUUGCUCUAUCAAUUUUAUAAAUUUGGAACUUAUCAUGAAAUUAAGGAGUUCAAAAGAUCAAUCAACAAAAACUAUGGACAGCAUUACUUGGUUCAAAGUGUCUUACUACAAAAUGAAAUUAUCAAUAGAGAGUAUCUUUCCCUUAAAAAGAAUUUUUUGGAAAACGAUUACAACCUCAUUGAGUCCAUAAUGCCAGAGGACCAGAAGGAUAUUGAAGUGUUUUGUUGUCAUUGGUUAACAUUUAUGACAAAAUACUCAAAUUUAGAACAUAUAAACUAUAUUAUUAGGUUAUAUAAAGAUAAAAGUGAGAAAGACGUACCAAUCCAGUUUUUUGAAUCACUUUUGGAAUUUUAUGAAAGACAUGAUCAAUUUGUGCCAUUAUUGAAGUUAAUACAAAAUAGUAUAACCACGAUACCCUAUAAAAAUGAUUACCUAAACCCAAUUUUAAAAACUUUUAUAUAUUCAUAUUCAAGAUUCUCCCCACUACUAGCUGAUUCAUUGAAUUUUUGGUUAAACAAACCUCAUCAUUUUAAGAUUCAUAAAAUUUCAUCACAAUUUUAUCCAUUUCACUUAAAAAUUCCAAUAAAUCAAAGAAAAUAUAAAAAUUGGUCAGAAUUAAAGUUUGGUGGGCCAACACAUAAAAACCUCUCACAAAUCAGGUUUCGUAUUGAACAAGGAUUUCCUGUACUUUUGCAUCAAGGGAUUUUACCAGAUUUCAAUUUGGUUCUUGAUACUUUUAGAAUGGGUGAUUUGGGAGAUAGAUUAUACAUUAAAAGUUUACUUACCAAAACAAGACAAUAUAAUUGGAAGAACCAAAAGACUUUGGAACUAAGGUCUUUAAAACAUCCAAGUUUAUCUCAAGAACAUUUGAUUCAAUACUUCAAAUCAAAUAAAGAUUCAUUAAAUGAUAGUCAUAAGUUUUUCUUCAUUAGAAUGUUGAUAAAUUUUGAUUUAUUAGAAGAAGCAAGAUAUUUAUUUAGUUCUAUUGAUACAAAUAAUUUGAAUGAUAAGAAUAAAAUGAUGAAGUUUGUAAUGGAAAUGAGAAUGUACUUGAAAAUGAGAGAUUAUAAAAUGAUGGUUUCAUUGGUGCAUGAUUUUCCCUUGGAGGAAAUAUAUCUCAGUCCAUAUUUAUUAACUCAAUCGAUAUAUAUUGAAAAUAUGCUUGCAAACAGUCUUCGUAAAAAACUGGCGAGGUCCGAUAAACUAGAAUUAGAUUUGGGAUGGAAAUGUGUUCGAAAACUAAGAUCAUUUAUUGGAGAUAUUAAGACCAUAUUAAAGAAAGAUGAAGAAGAUGUACCAAAAAUGAUUGAAGAAACUAUGAACACUUUGGAGAUGUGGAGACAACAUCUGAGUAAAUAG